AUGGCAUCCGCUUUUAUCGGCCUAACUGUCAAGGUCCUCUUAACCAGCGGCACUUCCUUGAAAGGCCAUGUCGCAAAUGUUGACCCCAACACCCAACGUCUUAUUCUGCAAGAUGUCGUGAUCCAGUACGCAGAGGAGAAAACCGCAAGGGUCUUGCCCUCGUUUAGCGUCGCAGGAGGCGAGAUCAAAGAUCUUCAGGUCCUUCCUACUCAGUCUGCCGUCCACGCGCCCCAUAAUGCGGCCGCCUCACCCGCCAUGUCUGCCACCUCAACUUCGACAGCGACCACCGCCCCGAGCCAUCAUCCAAAGCAACAUCCUCAGCAGCACAACCCGCACGUUGCUCACCUUCAGCAUGAGCAGCAUAUUCACGCACCCUUGGCGGCCCCUUCUCCCAGACAAUUGCCUGCUCAUCCUCAGCCAAACACUCCCGCAACCCCCAGUUUCAAGCCAAGCUCUACGCCAAAACACAUCCACGAUUCUGAGGCAUUGGUCGAGGCACAACAGCAUCAUAACGACAACAUGGCCGAGUCUAGUGCCGCAGAGUCGGUGAACCAUGGACCCAGAAGAACCCGCCGAUCCAACCAUAGUCACCACCACACCAGCAGUAACGGCAACAACAAUUAUCACAGUAAUAACAACAUGUCUGACUAUGGCUCGCCCAGGACAGGCCAUCAGUCGAUAUCUGGCAAGAGAACAUCGCGUCGGUACAAAGAGCCAGUUCAUGAGUGGGCGCAGGCGGAUACGGAGGAAUUCAAGGACCAGGAUUUUGAUUUCCAGGGUAACCUGGGUCUCUUUGACAAGGCGAGAGUAUUUGCCGAGAUCCGAGAGGCUGAUGAUACUGCGCCCGAGUCCUUGCUGGUCAACCUCAACCGAAACCCAAACAGGGCUAGAGCGAUUGAUGAAAGCCCCAUGCUGAAAAAGCUCUUGCCUACCGAAAACGUCCUCGAUCCAGCCCCCAAGCGGUCCCAAUACAAGCGCACCACCAGCAAGUCUAAUGUCCACGGAUCGGGAUUAAGCGAGGAGGACGAGGUCGAUGAUAGCGAAGACGACGAUUCGUGGAACAGCAGUAGUGUCGAUGAAUCGGCCGCAACAGUCGCGUUGAAGGGUGCCCCAGCAGGUCCCGGAGGGCUCAAGAUCAGGGCGAACGGAGCUUCUGCCCUAGGUUCGCCUUCGUCCUCGAAGGCAAAUGGUGACGGUGCAAGCAGCAACGGAGGAGGUGGUGAGGGCAAGAAGCGCUCGGUCAAGAUUCAGACUCUUGCUGGUGUGUCUUGCCCGACUGUGACGGCUGCUCAGAUGCAGGAGGUUGAGAGGAUCUGUGCAGCUGACAUGGGGUUGACGGACGAGCAGAUGAUUGAGAAUGGUGGUCGUGGAGCUGCGAUGAUGUGUCUCCAGGCUCUGGGUGGAUCUAGGCGUAUUCAGCCCAACAACCACAAUGCUGCGCCGAUUGUUGUUAUUUUGGCAGGAAACAAUAGGACUGGUGCAUAUGCACUCUGUGCUGCCAGGCACUUGUCUAACCACGGAUGUGUCGUCCUUGCAUUUGUUGCCGGCUCCAACCACGAGGGUCAACUCAACUCUAUGGUGGCGUUCCAGUCGAGAGGACUUUUGGCGACUGGAGGCGAAAUGAUUCACACGAUUGCAGAGUUGCCUCAGGCUUCGUCGCCAGUGGAUCUGAUUAUGGACGGGAUGCUGGGAUACCAGUACACCGUGCGGGACAUUGUCGAUUCCUACGAACGCGAGACAGUCUGUGAUUUGAUGGACUGGGCCAACGACAACAAGGCGCCCGUGCUGAGUCUAGACAUGCCCAGUGGCGUCAACGGAACCACAGGACAAGGCGACAAGACCAAAUUUUGUGUGCGGCCAAAGUGGACGCUGUGCUUGGGGGCCCCCAAGGCAGGUUGCAGGUCCCGAUCGACAACGGGGGAGUUGUUCUUGACGGAUCUGGGUAUCCCUCGGCCGUGCUGGAAGAAGGUCGGAGUCAAGGGGUGGGGGAUGCCCUGGGGCGCCGACUUUUUGGUGGGGCUAGAGUACUUGUAG